GGCAGGCGUGGGGGCCAUGGCUGCUGUGACCUCCACCACCGCCACCACCUCGACUACCACCACCCCCACCACCCCCACCACUGCCGCUCAGCCGCCUUCCAGCAUCCCUCCCGCCAUCCACACAUGUGAGCUGCGUGUAACGUGUGGGUCGCCAGAGGAGGCGCUCAUUCUGCGCAACACACUCGCAGUCGACCCCGAGCUGCAACCAGACAAGCUCGUGCGGGUGAUCACAGUCCAUGAUACCCACGUCUCAGUCUCCUUCUCGUGCCCUGAUGCUCGUCUCCUGCGGGCAUGCCUUCAUGGACUCGCUCAUCCUCGCUGCCUGCACCAUUUCCCUAGGCACCUCAAAGUCCUAUCCCACCAUCCUUCCUCCCCCUCCUUUUGCAGCUCCUUCUCGUGCCCCGACGCUCGUCUGCUGCGGGCGGCCUUCAACGCCUUCAUGGACUCACUCAUCCUCGCUGCUCGCACCAUCGAGGCAUUUGGCCCGUCUCCGCCCAUGCAACAACCAUGCCUGCAAUGA